UUUUUUAUUAGCUUUCCACCGAAUCCUCCCAACCCAAACAAACCCCAACCCUUCAGUUCAGUAUCCUUUCUCCAUUAUGGCCAUGCCCCAUCUUCAUCUUCUAUCUUCUUUCUCUCCAAAGCCCCUCACCUUCUUCCUCCACAACCACUUCGGAAACCCUAGUUCCAUCUUCUCUCUCCCAUCAACAAACCCCAGAAACCAAAUCGGACCCGGAGGAAGAAGAAGAAGAAGAAGCCGCCGCCGCCCCAUCACCGCCCAAUCCAAGGGCAGUGGCAACUCGGCCGACCCACCGGACCGAUUAAUCUCAGCCAUCUGUUACUUCUACCCCUUCUUCGACGGCAUCCAAUACGGCAAGUACGUCAUCACCCAGUUUUCCCCAAUCCAAACCCUCAUCCAGCCACUGGUGCCCGCCAUUAAAGUGUUCAAGAGCUUCCCCUUGAAUGGGUUCUUGGUGUUCCUGACGCUCUAUUUCGUGGUGGUCAGGAACCCUAAUUUCAGCAGGUACGUGAGGUUCAACACGAUGCAGGCCAUAGUGCUCGAUGUGUUGUUGAUUUUCCCGGAUCUUCUGGAGAGGAGCUUCAAUCCGAGAGAUGGGUUGGGUUUGGACUUGAUGAUGAGCUUGGACAGCACUGUGUUUUUGUACCUUUUGGUGUGUUUGAUUUAUGGGUCGUCUUCUUGCUUGUUGGGUCAGCUUCCCAGGCUGCCCAUUGUUGCUGAAGCUGCUGACAGGCAAGUUCUGUGAAGUGUGUGGUUUUUACAGGGACAUGUAUUUUUCUGUAAUAUCUGAUGGAUUAUUUGAAGUGUUAGAUCCAUUUUGUUUCACUUGCCUUUAAGGCAUUAAUAUGCAUAUGUUUUUUGUGCCCGCAGGCGCACCAUCAGUAUAUUAUUGUCACUCUUAUAAACUUGGACUCUCUCUAAAUGUCCUCAGCUACGAGGACACGGGGUGUUAAUUACUUUUUUGAAUUAAAA